AUGUCCUCGACGCAGGCAACCCAGGCCGACAAGAAACGCAAGCAUUCGGACCGAACUAUCAAAGAGCUGUUCACCUCCCAGCAGAAGCCAAACGUCUCUGGCACAGCUCCCCUCUCGCCUUCUUCGAAGCGCCCCAAGCUCGGUAGCUCCCCAGCCGACAUUGAAACGACCCCAGAGAAAGCCAUGAGCACCGCCAGCAUGUACCACUUUCCAAGCAAGCGAGGGGAGCCCGAGGUGAUAGACCUAGGCUCGAGCCCGGACAAUAGUCCUGCGAGGAAGAACGGUUUUAGGAAGGCAACGCCGAACAUGAGCGCGAAUACGGGACCAAAGAAACUGCUGGUGAAGAACUUCAGGCCUACGCGAAGUGUCGAUCCUAAGGCAUUUCUGGACCAGACAUGGAAAAAGGUGGAUGCUGCGUUGGACACCAUCUUCCAGCAGGGCAAGAUCAACUUUAGCUUGGAAGAGCUCUACAGAGGCGUCGAGAACAUUUGUCGCCAAGGGAUGGCCGUGGAAGCAAAGAAGAGGCUGGUUGUAAAGUGUAAGACGUAUGUGGACGGGCCUUUAAAGCAGCGAGUUGAUGAGAUGCUGGGAAGGAAGAAUGUUGAUGUUUUGCGGGCUACGCUACAGGCGUGGGCGAUAUGGAACGAGCAAUUGAAAUAUGUCGACUGGAUCUUCUGCUACCUUGAUCGUUCGUAUCUGCUGCCCAAACAAGAGUCGCUCCGCGACAUUACCGUCAAGCUUUUCCGCUCCAGCAUCUUCGAGAACCCAAAGCUUAACCCUCGCAUCGUGGACGGCGCAUGCGACCUCAUUGCAAUUGACCGAGCAGGCGAGGAUCUUGACCGGGAGCUGUUCUCCAAGGCUGUCGACAUGUUCCAUGACAUGCAGGUCUACACACAUCACUUCGAACCGCGCAUGCUGGAGUUGAGUCAAACAUAUGUUAAGGAGUGGGCGGAUAGGGAGAGCGCAGAGCAAAGUCUGCCAGAAUACGUGAAGAGUGCACAAUCGCUGAUGAAGAGUGAAAUCACAAGAGUGGAAGUCUUCCGAUUGGAUGGGUCAACCAAGCGGGAUCUUUUAACACUACUCGAGGAUCACAUCAUCUCGCGGAAAGAAACGAGGCUCACUAACGAAGAUGAGUUUGCUGAUCUACUUGAAGACAAUGCAGUCGAAGACCUUGACCGGCUGUAUACCCUCCUUGAGCGACGCAAGCUGGGUGUGAACCUACGACCGGCUUUCAUGAAGUGGAUCGAAGACACCGGUACCUAUAUCGUGUUCGAUGAGAAGGAGCAGGAUGGCAUGGUGGUAAAGCUGCUGACCAUGAAGCGCCAGCUGGAUACCAUUUGGAAAGUGUCAUUUCACCGGAAUUCGGCCUUGGGUCAUGGCCUCAGGGAGGCUUUCGAGACUUUCAUGAACAAAACAAAGAAAUCCAGCGGAACAUGGAACACAGACAACUCUAAACCUGGAGAGAUGAUCGCGAAAUAUGUGGACAUGCUGUUGAGAGGUGGAGCCAAGGCCAUUCCUGCACAGCUGAGCAGGAAGACGGAGAAGGCCGUGGAUGUAGAUGCUGAAGAAGACAACGAGGACGUGGUCUUUGACGAAGACACCGAAGUUAACAAUCAACUUGACCAGGUGCUUGACCUAUUCCGUUUCGUGCAUGGCAAAGCAGUGUUUGAGGCUUUCUACAAAAAAGAUCUCGCCCGUCGGCUGUUGAUGGGUCGAAGCGCAAGCGCUGAUGCUGAAAGGAGUAUGCUGGCGCGACUAAAGACCGAAUGUGGUGCUGGCUUCACGGCCAAUUUGGAGCAGAUGUUCAAGGAUAUCGAAUUAUCCCGAGAAGAAAUGUCUUCCUACAAGAUGAUUGCCGAAGAACGGAAUGAGAAGCACGCUAUCGAUCUCAACGUGAACGUAUUAUCAGCCUCUUCGUGGCCAACCUAUCCUACCGUUCCCGUUAUCAUACCUCGGCAAAUCAAAUCAGAGAUUGACAAAUUCGAAACACACUACAAAGCGAAACACUCUGGCAGGAAGCUGGACUGGAAGCAUGCGCUUGCUCAUUGUCAAGUCAAGGCGAAGUUUCCAAAGGGAAACAAAGAAUUGGUUGUAUCGAGCUUUCAGGCAAUUGUGCUCUUGCUGUUCAAUGGCCUGCGAAUCGAUGAGCACUUGAACUACGAGUACCUCAAAGAGGCCACCGGUCUACCACCACCCGAACUGAACCGCACGCUUCAAUCACUUGCUUGCGCCAAACUACGGCCACUAACUAAACAUCCGAAGGGUCGUGAAAUUAACCCGACCGAUACGUUCACCCUCAACGCCAAUUUCACUGACCCAAAGUACCGGAUCAAGAUCAACACUGUUCAGCUGAAAGAGACAGCUGCAGAGAACAAGGAGACACACGAGCGCGUUGCAGCAGACCGCAAUUACGAAACUCAGGCUGCUAUCGUGCGCAUCUUGAAGGCGAGGAAGAAGAUCACUCACAGCGAGCUAGUCGCAGAAACAAUCAAGGUGACGAGGAAUAGAGGAACGCUGGAUGUGUCAGGUAUCAAAAAGAACAUCGAUCGACUGAUCGAGAAGGAAUUUUUGGAGAGAGAGGACGAUGGCAUGUAUGCUUAUAUCGCCUAA